GAGAGAGAAAGAGGGGGUUGCUGAAAGAAGGAGGGUAAGCAGCUGCUACCCAGUCCAUUUUCAAUUCAGUCACAUUCACGCGUUUUUGUGUCUGGUGACAGACUACAUCAACUGGAAAACAAAGGGACACCAUCCAAGCUGCGAGCAGUCCAACAAACUCAAGUCAUUUUCUUCGCAUCUGUCUGGAAGAAGUGCAUCAAGUCAGGCUGGAGGUCACCGUGACAGAAGCUUUGAUCGCUCGCGUGGACAGUACAGCCGUACUCGUCAGUCUCAGCAGCGAAAUGGAGAUGGAGCAUUUCGAUGAGAGGGACAAAGGUCAGAGGCUCGGUCGCUCCAGCGCCAAAAUGAACGGAGUGCCGAGCCCCACGCACAGCGCCCACUGCAGCCUGUAUCGGACCCGGACCCUGAAGACUCUGAGCGCAGAGAAAAGAGCCAUGAAGGUCCGCUUCUACCGCAACGGAGACCGCUACUUUAAUGGGAUAGUGUAUGCGAUCUCCUCGGACAGGUUCCGGACCUUUGACGCACUGCUGGCCGAACUGACGCGCUCUUUGUCUGACAAUGUCAACUUGCCCCAGGGGGUCCGAACCAUCUACACUCUGGAUGGAAGAAAGAUCACCAGUAUUGAUCAGCUGGUUGAAGGUGAAAGCUAUGUCUGCAGCUCAAUUGAAGCUUACAAAAAGCUGGAUUACACAAAAAAUGUAAACCCCAACUGGUCAGUGAAUGUCAAAGCCUCACCCUCUUCAUCUCGUGGGCCUCUGUCCCUGGGCUCUGCCAAAGCCGGUGCACCAGAGGGUCGAGAAGGCAAGGACUUCAUCCGGCCAAAGCUGGUGACAGUGGUUCGGAGCGGAGUUAAGCCCCGCAAAGCUGUGAGGAUCUUGCUGAAUAAGAAAACGGCUCACUCCUACGAGCAGGUUCUAACUGAUAUCACUGAUGCCAUCAAGCUCGACUCAGGAGUGGUGAAGAAGAUCUACACGUUGGAGGGCAAACUGCCCUCCCUGGAGACGGCUCCCCUGCCAACUGCUCCCUCCAGGCGAAAGCAUUGCCGGGGGAAGAAGACCACUCCCUCUCCGGCGGGUCAGCCUGAUACCUCCACUCCCAUGGGUCAGCCAGCUGCUAGCCUCAGCUUCCCCCAUAACCAGAGGAAUCAGGGCACAAGAGUCGUGCUCGACAUGGCACAGGGUCUCAGGAGACAGAACAUAAUCGAUGACAAAUUUUUUACAAACUACAACUUGGGUCAGGAGCUUCUAAAGAGAAAGCUCACAAUGGUUGGAACUGUCCGAAAGAACAGGGCUGAACUCCCUGCUGAGCUGCUGGUAAUCAAGGACCAGGCCCCUCAAUCUCCCAUGUUUGGGAGAUUGUUUGCCUUCAGAGACCCCACUGCCCUAGUGUCUUACUGCCCCAAAAAGGCAAAAAAUAUUGUGCUCAUGAGCACUCUGCACAAAAAUGCUGAAAUCAGCAAAAGAGAGGAACAGAAUCCAAGCGUGAUCCUUGAUUACAAUGCCACCGAAGGGGGGUAG